AUGCCUCUUGACACCAUAUCCACCUAUGCGCAAACACUGCUCCGACAAGAUGGCCGGCGAUGGAACGAAUUACGCAGAAUCACUGCUUCAAUCUCAACCCAACCUUCCAGCGAUGGCAGUAGCCUUCUCACGAUGGGAAACACAAUGGUCCUAUGCACAGUGACUGGCCCAAGAGAAGGCAAUAGGCGCGGUCAACGAGACAACACAAAUGCUACGGUCGAAACCGAGAUCAAUGUCGCAUCCUUUGCGCAGAUGGACCGUCGAAGACGAGUCAGGAACGAUAAGCGCAUCCAGGAGCUCCAAAGCACGGUCUCGAGUGCCUUUCAGAGCCAUCUUUUCACCCACCUCUAUCCACGUUCGACGAUCUCGAUAUCCCUCCACGUGCUGAGUCUCGACGGAGCAUUGCUAGUGGCAUGUCUCAAUGCUGCCAGCCUUGCCCUCGUAGAUGCAGGCAUUCCAAUGCCUUCGAUCCUUGCGGCCAUUUCGAGUGGGAGUGUCACACCGACAGAUGACUCUUCGACAAGACCCGAGCCUAUACUAGAUCUCAACAAUGUGGAAGAGCAAGAGUUACCGUUCUUGUCGAUUGCAACUGUUUCAGGUCAUCCGGGCUCUGAAGACAAGGUUUCUGUGUUGACGAUGGAGUCACGAUGUCAAAUCGGUGGAGCGAAUAGCAAACUAGAGAGUAUGAUGGCCACAGGUGUUGACGGCUGCAAGCAGGUCCGAAGAAAGAUGGAAGAUGUUAUCCGGAAACAUGGCGCAAAAGUGCUGCAAGGUCGGAAAUGA